UGAGCCAGCAUGCUCCGUAUUUCCCGACUCCCAUUGGCUGCCCUGGCCUUUGGGUCUCCUCCUUUGACCUUGGGGUACGUGACCUCCAGGGCUACCAGGAACACACUUUUCUCCCAAAGCUGCCUGUAGGAUGAGCGCUCCAACCCUUAACCUUUUCCAGACUCCAAAUCACUUCCCAAAUUUGCCCAGAUUUCCCGUUGGGUCUCACAUUCCCAGACUUCAGACUGUCCAUAAUUUCAGCCUUCUGAUCAGGACGCAGCUAUCGCAUCUCCCCAUCCCAUCUCUUCCUUAGAGAUUCUGCUGUCCUGCCUUACUCCUGCCUAAGCCCUACCAGAAGGUCCCAGCAUUCCUCCCCAGCUCCUAGGUACACCUCAGAGCACAGUCCCCCUUCCUUCCUAGGCUCAGCUGCCACUUCUCACCCCACUGGCCCUGACUUCCAUGACCUCCUUUGGUCUGUCUUUCCUCCCUGACCCUGGCCCUCUUCUCCAAACCUCCUGCUUCCCUGGCCCCUCUUCUCUCUGAGCCUUCAGAAUUCAAUGUGAGACUGAAUUUUGUCUCCCAGCCUCAGGCUUACUCUGCUCAUUCCCUGGGGUUCCCAUUCCCUCCCCAUCCUCCACCUCCCACUUUUGCUCUCUCUUCCCCAAAGCAGUCAGUCUGUUCUCCAGAAUAAUGGGCCCCUCAAGGGUGGUAGCAGCAAGAACCCUGAGAAAAAGACCAGGUGCCAAAGGGAGGAACUUGAGAAAAAGGAGUCACUCUGGGUGUUUGCUACCUACCUCCAUAGGGAGCCUGGAGCCAGAGGGAAUGGGCCCUGGGAGCCUCGGACCUCCUCGGGAGGUUGUGACGUUCAAGGAUGUGGCUGUGGACUUCACCCAGGAGGAGUGGGACCUCUUGGACCCCUCUCAGAAGGAGCUGUUCAAGGAGGUCAUGGUGGAGAACGCCUGGAACCUGCUCUCCUUGGGGCUUCCACUUCCCAGAGAAGAGGCGAUCUCUUAUUUUGAGCAAAGGGAAGCACUGUGGAUGCUGGACCAAGAAGGCCUGAGGAGCUGCUCUGCAGGAGAGAUCAGACUUGAAAUGAAAGAAACUCCUGCAGGGUUAAGCCAUUCUGUGGUAGAAACUCCCAAGCAGUGGUUCAUGGGUGAUGGAUCCUGUGACUUUACUUGGAGAAAAAGCUGUGCAACACAUGAGAGACUCCAGCUUAGAGAGAGACAUUGUGAAUGUACCGAAGGUGGAAAAGGUUUUAUAAAAAAGGAAAAUCUUAUUGUACAAUCAAAAAUCCACACAGGAGAGAAACCUAAUGAAUAUUACCAGGGUGGAAAGGAUUUUACAAAUAAAGCAUUUCUUAGUUUACAUCAGAGAAUCCACACAGGAGAUAAACUUUUUGAAUGUUACCAUUGUGGAAAAAGAUUUAGACAAAAGAGUGAUCUCGUUAGACAUCAGAGAAUCCAUACUGGAGAGAAACCUUACAAAUGUAACCAAUGUGGAAAGGCUUUUAGAGACAAGGCAGUUCUUACUAGACAUCAGAAAAUCCACACUGGUGAGAAACCUUAUGAAUGUAACCACUGUGACAAGGCAUUUAGAAGCAAGGGGAAUCUUACUAGACAUCAGAUAAUGCACACUGGAGAGAAACCUUAUGAAUGUAACCAGUGUGGAAAAGGUUUAAGAAAAAAGGAAUCUCUUAUUUUACAUCAGAGAAUCCACACUGGAGAGAAACCUUAUGAAUGUAACCAUUGUGGAAAGGCUUUUAAAGAAAAUGGAGCUCUUAUUAGUCAUCAAAGAAUCCACACUGGAGAGAAACCUUAUGAAUGUAACCAAUGUGGAAAGGCCUUUAGAGACAAGGGAGCUCUUACUGGACACGAGAGAACACACACUGGAGAGAAACCUUAUAAAUGUAACCAAUGUGGAAAGGAUUUUAGAGACAUGAGAGCUCUUAUUGUACAUCAGAGAAUCCAUACUGGAGAGAAACCUUAUGAAUGUAACCAAUGUGGAAAGGAUUUUAGAAGCAAGCGAGCUCUUACUAUACAUCAGAGAAUCCACACUGAAGAGAAACCUUAUGGAUGUAACCAGUGUGGAAAAAGUUUAAAAAAAAAGGAAUCUCUUAUUUUACAUCAGAGAAUCCACACUGGAGAGAAACCUUAUGAAUGUAACCAGUGUGGAAAAGGUUUUAGAAAAAAGGAAUCUCUUACUUUACAUCAGAGAAUCCACACUGGAGAGAAACCUUAUGAAUGUAACCAGUGUGGAAAGGCUUUUACAGAAAAUGGAGCUCUUACUAGACAUCAAAGAAUCCACACUGGAGAGAAACCUUAUGAAUGUAACCAAUGUGGAAAGGCCUUUAGAGGCAAGAGAGCUCUUACUGUACAUGAGAGAAUCCACACUGGAGAGAAACCUUAUAAAUGUAAUCAAUGUGGAAAGGCUUUUAGAGAAAAGGGAGAUCUUACUGUACAUCAGAGAAUUCAUACCGGAGAGAAACCUUAUGAAUGUAUCCAGUGUGGAAAGGCCUUUAGAGAGAAGAGAGCUCUUACUGUACAUGAGAGAAUCCACACUGGAGAGAAACCUUAUGAAUGUAACCAAUGUGGAAAGGCCUUUAGAGACAAGAAGGCUCUUACUGUACAUCAGAAAAUCCACACCGGAGAGAAACCUUAUGAAUGUAACCAAUGUGGAAAAAGUUUUAUACAAAAAGGAACUCUUAAUUUACAUCAGAGAAUCCACACUGGAGAGAAACCUUAUGAAUGUAACCAGUGUGGAAAGGGUUUUAUAAACAAACGAGCUCUUAUUGUACAUCAGAGAAUCCACACUGGAGAGAGACCUUAUCAAUGUAAGCAAUGUGGAAAGUCAUUUGGAAGCAAGGGAAAUCUUACUAGACAUCAGAUAAUGCACACUGGAGAGAAACCUUAUGAAUGUAACCAGUGUGGAAAAGGUUUAAGAAAAAAGGAAACUCUUAUUUUACAUCAGAGAAUCCACACUGGAGAGAAGACUUAGGAAUGUAACCAGUGUGGAAAGGCUUUUAGACAUAAAUCUAGUCUUACUGACCAUUAGUGUACCCACACUUAAGAGAAACUUUAUGACUGUAUUCAAUGUUGGAAAGCUUUUGCAAAUAGAGGAUUUCUUUCUAGAUAUCAAAGAACCCAAACUGGACAGAAAGUUUCUCAACAUAAGCAAUGUGGAAAGGCUUUUGGGACAAACACAGAACGCUAAUGUAUUGUUGGUGGAAUUAUGAAAGGAUCUAACCAUUCUAUGCCCAAAGGGUAAUCAAAAGGUGUAUAGCCUUUGAACUAGCAAUGUUUCUACUGGACUUAUUUGCCAAAGAGAUCCAAAAGGAAGGAAAGGGACCCAGAUGUGCAGAAAUGUUUCUGCAGCCCUGUUUGUAGUGGCAAGAAACUGGAAACUGACUGGAUGCCCAUCAGCCGGGAGAUGCUAAAUAAGUUAUAGCACAUUAAUGUUAUGGAAUAUUAUUCUUUAAAGAAUGAUCAGCUGGAUGAUACCAGAGAAGCCUGGGGAGACCUACAUGAACUCAUGCAAAGUAAAGUGAGCAGGACCAAGAGAUCAUCAUACAUGGCAACAGCAAGAUUAUACAAUGAUCAGUUCUGAUGGAUGUGACUCUUCAGCUGUGACAUGAUUCAGGUCACUUCCAAUGAUCUUGUGAAGAAGAAAGCCAUCUACACUGAGAGAGGACUGUGGGAACUGAGUAUGGAUGUAGCAUUUGCACUCUUUGUGCACCUAACAAGUUGGAGUGAGUAGCCCAAAAACACUGGUAAGGGAGAUUUCCCAGGGCUGCUGUGACCUCCUGUGAGACGAGUCUCAGCUGCCUCAAGCACCAUGUAUCCAAGCCUCUGAAGGCAACUUGGGGCCAGUUUCCUCUCCCAAGUGUUUCCUUUCAAACCUGGCAGAGGGACUUCAAUUACCAGCUGCCCAUGAUUCCAAAUAUACUUUGGGGAUAGUCUGUACACUUUCCCAGAGGGUGGCAGAGUUCCCCUCUCAUACUGGCACAGGGUCUGGGCUAGCAAAAA